AUGGCAUCACAAGCAGCAUAUGCGGCCGAAAAGGCCAUUGGCCACCAAGACGACGCCGUCACCGCCCAAGACGUCACCGAGUACAGCGGAGAUAAAGGCGACGACAGCGAGCUCAUGAAGGCCCUCGUCUGGCAAGGCAAGAACAAGGUCGAAAUCGUCACUGUGCCCAAGCCCAAGGUCCUAGAGGCAACCGACGUCAUCCUCAAAGUCACCGGCAGCACGCUCUGUGGGAGCGAUCUCCACCUCCUCCAUGGCUCCGUCGUCCAGAUGAACAAGGGCGACAUCCUCGGCCACGAGUUCUGCGGCGUCGUCGACCAAGUCGGAUCCGCCGUCACCAAAGCAAAGGUCGGCAAGCGCUACGUCGCCUCGUUCCAAAUCGCAUGCGGAAGCUGCUUCUACUGCAAACAAAAGCUGUCCUCGCAGUGCGAGAGGACCAACUCCAACACAAUGGAAAAGUCCAUGUACGGCUCCCAGACGGCCGGCAUGUUUGGCUACUCCCACUUCACCGGCGGAUUCGCCGGCGGCCAAGCCGAGUACGUCCGCGUACCCCUCGGCGACGUGAACCUCCUCGCCAUCCCGGACGACGUCCCGGACGAGAAGGCGCUCUACCUCUCCGACGUCCUCGCCACCUCCUACAACUGCGUCAAGGACACGGCCGUCUACCCAAACGACCGAGUCGCCAUCUGGGGCGCCGGCCCCAUUGGCCAAAUGGCCGGCGCCUUCGCCCUCGACGAAGGCGCCUCCAAAGUCAUCUUUGUCGACACCGAGCCCCGCCUGUCCUACAUCAAAUCCAAAUGGCCCGCCGCCCACGCCGACAAGCUCGCCCUCAUCGACUACAAGACGCUCUCGCACGGCGUGACCACAAAGGAAACCGUCGUCUCGCGCCUCAAAGACCUCUGCGGCGGCCGCGGCCCCGACGCCGCGCUCGAGUGCGCCGCGGGCGAGUACCCCAAGGGCUGGCUGCACACCGUCGAGAUCGCCCUGGGCGCCGAGACGGACACGAGCGAAAUCAUCAACGAAAUGGUCGAGGGCGUGCGCAACUUUGGCCGCGCGGGCGUCACGGGCGUGUACGUCGGGUACACGAACCACUUCAACAUUGGGUCGUUGAUGGAGCGCGGGGUGCGGCUGAUUGGCAACGGGCAGGCGCCUGUUCAUCUGUACUGGGAGGAUCUGCUGCGCAAGAUUCAGGAGGGCAAGAUUGACGUGUACCAGAUGCUUUCGCACCGCAUCCGUCUCGACGAUUUGGACAAGGUGUACUACAAGUUUGAGAAGCACGAGGAUGGGAUUCAAAAGAUCUUUGUCGAGACAAAAUUUUCGUUUCCUAGGGCUGAGGGGUCCCCCGAGUUGACGACGUACUGA